AUGACAAGCAUGAUUUCGCAAACCUCACUUCCUCAAGACUCUCCGGCGGGACAGCGAUACGUCUCUGUGUAUGCGCUACACGCUGGCUCGAUCUUUCUCCCCGAUAGCGAUGUCUUCGAAGACAGCAUCGGCAAGGAUGGGGGCCUGACGGUGCCGAGCUUUGCAUUCUUGAUUGACCAUGAAGUGCAUGGUAAAUUCAUGUUCGACCUCGGGCUGAGGAAGGGCGGGAAAGGGUACCCACCAGCAUGGGACGAGACUCUGAUAGAGCUCAAGGUGGACUGUUCAAAGAAUGUCGCCGAUCUCCUGCAGGAAGGCGGCGUCCAACCUAGCUCGAUCAAUUCCAUCAUCUACAGGUACUCUAAAGCCUGCGGCCCUCACCUCCACUUCGACCACGUCGGCGAUCUCACGCCUUUCCCACAUGCAGAACUCAUCGUGGGCGCGGAUACUGCAGCGCUCAUGCAGCAGACCUAUCCAGGGGAUCCCACAAGCCUCUGGCCCGAAUGGCCGGCGGGCCAGAAGGUGCGCUAUCUGCACUUUGGAGACGCUGACGCACCCGCUCGUCCUAUUGCUCCCUUUCAUUCUUUCGCGCGCGCGCUCGACUUGUAUGGCGACGGGUCGUUCUACCUGCUAGACGCACCGGGACACCUUCCAGGGCAUCUUGCGGCGCUCGCGCGCGUCUCGCCGAAUGCAUUCAUCCUCCUCGCGGGCGAUUGCUGCCAUAACCGCCAGUGCUACACCCCAGGUGUGCGCCUCGUGAGUCGAGAGAACUACCAUGAUAUCGAAACCGCGCGGGACACGGUGGAGAGGCUGAAGCGGAUGAACGGGGAGCCGAACGUAGUGCUUGUGCUCGCUCAUGAGAGGGAACGGCUCGAGGACAGUAUGCCUCUGUUCCCGCAGAGGUUGAAUGAGUGGGUCACUACGGAAAUAGUUCGAAAGCGCCACGAGUGA